GAUGUGGCUAAAGUUGGGGUAAAAGGUCGAAAAACGAGAGAGAGAGAGAGAGAGAGAGAGAGAGGUUGAGUUGAACAAAAAACUGCUGUAAACACCUACAGAGAGCUCAAGAAGAAGAAAUAUCAAGUGUGAAGUGACACUGACACUGCACCUCUUUCUUAACUUCGAGCUACGAGACUCCAUUUUUCUUAGUAACCAAGAAAGAAAACGGUUACACAAGUUUGAUGAGAAAAACACAAAGAGAGUGAGAGAAAAUGGAGAGGAAAGAAAAAGCAAGAUCGAAAAAGCAAGGAUUAAUGGUUAAAAAUUUGAAGAGUGUUUUGGUGGGGAAAAGAGGAGGAAGAGGGCCCUGUACUCCACCACCCAGAUGGAGGUUAGAGUUUACUACUACCGACUUUGAAGAUAACAACAAUAACAACCAUCAUAGAGCCAGUACGGAAUUUCUCACUAGUACUACACCAACGGUCUCUGCUAGGCAGCUGUGCGCCAGUCUCUGGGAUUUAGAGUCUCAUCGCUCUUCACUUGCUAAAAGGAGCAAAGGAGGAGUAAGAAUCCGCCGCCGCCAACUCAAGAGUAAUGGGUUUAAGCUUCCCGUACAUCUUGCCCAUCUUUCUAAUGCCAACCUUGACAAUGAAGAUGAAGCUGAACAAGAACAAGAGCCCGCAAAUUUUAACAGCUUGAGCAGAGCUUCUUCAGGAUCUGUUGUAAAACAUCAUCGAUCAUCACUUGACAGAAGCAACUGUGCUUUGCAACCUGUUUCUCCUCCUAGUUAUGAAAGUAGUUCGAUGGAGGUGGGACCUUAUAAGCCUGCUCUUACCCCCACCACCAGUUCCUUGGAUUUGAAGCUUAGAAUGGGUGAAUAUAGCCUUAAAACUUCAACGGAGCUACUCAAAGUGAUUGACAGGAUAUGGAGUCUUGAAGAACAACAUGUGUCUAAUGUAUCGUUAGUAAAAGCGCUGAAAAUGGAACUAGAUCAUUCACGAGCAAGAAUUAAAGAGUUGCUGAAAGAAAAGCAAUCAGAUAGGGAACAAAUGGAUGAGUUGAUGAAGCAAGUUAAGGACGAUAAACUAGUUAGGAAGAGUAUGGUGCAAGACCGAAUUAGAGCAGCAGUGCAGUCAGUUCGGGAUGAGCUAGAAGAUGAGAGGAAGUUAAGGAAGCGUUCAGAAGGCCUGCACCGGAAGCUAGCUCAUGAGCUUUCUGAAAUAAAAUCUUCAUUUUCCAAUGUUUUGAGAGAUCUUGAAAGAGAGAGAAAAGCAGGAAUCCUGUUAGAAAACUUGUGUGAUGAGUUCGCAAAGGGAAUAAGAAAUUAUGAACAGGAGGUUCGGUCCCUGAAGCACAAGCUUGAGAUGGAUCAAAGAGGCAUUGACAAGCCUGAGAAGUUAAUUCUCCAUAUAUCAGAAGAGUGGCUUGAUGAGCGAAUGCAAAUGAAGCUAGUCAAACCGGAAAACAGUCCAGAAAAAGUUACAAUAGUGGACAGGCUAGGUUUCGAAAUAGCAACCUUUCUUCAAGCUAAACAGACAGUUUCCAGGGAAAAUGGUCAUUUUUCGACAAAGGAAGAACAUUGUAUUCAUCGACAUUCAUUGGAGUCAUUUCCACUGAAUGAAGCUGGAAGUGCACCUCGUCAUUUAGGCGAUGAAGAUUCUACUGAUGGUGAUUCACACUCUUUAGAGGUAAUCAAGAAAACAGCAGGCGUCAAACAGAACAAAAGCAUUGAAAGACAACAUAGUAAAAAUACUUCAGAAGGUCAUCGUGAAGGAUUGUUGAAGUCUAAUUCUGUGAGGAAAAAAGUUCGGUCACAGGAACUGAUCAAGGGCAGUAGCCACCCUGGGGAGCGAUUGACUAGAGCCAUGUCAUGUAAUGGAAACAAAUUUGCCUUUGUGGAUAAAGAUAAAAUGGAAAGAGAGAACAUAGAAGCAACAGAUGAUCUUGGAAAGUCUGAAUUGCCCAAGACAUUGAAAUCAGAUCAUGCGGUAGACAAAUUGAUUCGAAACCGUUCUUUGUCACUUGAAGCCAAUAAGAAGCAUUCUGAAAGUUGCUGCAGGGAAAAAUCUUGUUUGCAGUCUGUAUUGGCUGGUAAUGCUAGUCCAAUACAGCAGUGGAAGUCUAAAUUGGCAACCCCAGAUUUUGAAAAUUCAGAAUCUUCUUUGAGAUGGCCUCAGGAACUAAAUGAAAACACCUUGAUGGCAAAACUAAUUGAAGCCAGGUUAGAAAGAAGAAGGCGUUCGAGCUCAAAACCUUCAAAAGGCUCCAUUUAGUUUUGGACUUUACGACUGGUAUUUGCUCUUGGUAAAAGCUGGUCUAAACAUUUUAGUACGCAAUGGAAACACCCAAAAAAAAUCCUUUCUCCUAUUUCUAAGCCAUUGUAGAAUCACAACACUUGUACAUACAAACUGCCUCCUUGUUAUGUUUUACAUAUUUAUUUUGAUUCAUUUCUGAU